AUUGGUAGUUAUAGUAAAGUUAACAUUAAAUUAUGAAUUAAAAACUAUUAAUUUAAUUUCUCGAACAUACUUUUCAGUGAGAGACUGUUAAAAUUUAAUGUCUAACGAGAAAUAUGGCCUUCGUAACAACAAAGUCUCAAGUUCCCAAAGAUGCGGUUGUUAUGGACGAAACUGAGGCUGCAGAAUUUGCUUGGGAUUUGGUAUACAGUUGGAAAGAACUGAGUGAUGUAUGGGCUCUACGCUAUGGCUCAGUACUAUUGGCUGGUAUUAAUGGUAUAUCUGGAGCUGUGAUAAACAAACACUAUCGCAGAAAGUUGAAACUUGGCACUUACGGACAUUUCUCGUCAGUUAUACCUGUAACUGUUAUGCCUGCAAUACUAACCAUGUUGUUUCAUAGAUAUUUAAUAUCAACAGAUAUGAUUCUAAUGAAGGGUGAUCAAUGUCCAAUAUGCUAUGAAAUCAGAUCAGCGGCCACACAAGUUGUGUUAGGUACAACAUAUCCAAUGCUACUAGCUCCCACUUCAGCUUUAAUGAUGGCAAAUAGAUACAACACAUACAGGGUACCAGAGCUGAUUAAGGGCCCAAAAGUAUUAUUCAAGUUCUUACGCACCAUCACCAAGCCACUUACAGGUACAUUAACAGCUCUUGCCACAAUCCAAAUUAUUGCCUCCUCUAUUGUUACCUAUUUCGAAAUGAAAAAUAGUAUCGUACUGAGAAAUAAGGUAAUGGAAAUAGAGCAGAAAUUGUUAGCUGAGCAGGAGCAAUAAAUAUGUAUGUUAAAGUGUAAAUAGAUUUGUAUAGAUGAUUA